CCCAAUUGCGGGAAUCAACAGUUUACUUGCACCGUUCGUUACUUGCCCGACUUUCUGCGGAGGAAUCGUGUCAGAUCGCGCGACGAGCAUUCUCGUCAUCAUCGAAUAUCCACGAGUCUUUUCGCAGAUUGAUUCUCGCCCCGCGAAAACGAAAAGAGAGAAAUGUCCAGCGAGUUUCUUUUGCUGUGUCUACUAUACUUGGCAAGCGGAGCCGUGAACGGUAUUCAGAGAUGGGGUACGCAAUUCGGACAGGCACCCCUGCUGGAACGAUUUUUUUGGCGGACAAUGGACUUCGCUUAUCCAGAUGAGGGGAGCAGAAGAUUGGCGAUGAUGAAAGGCGAUUUCAUCCCGGAAAACGCGCUGCCAGUUGGCAUCGAAAUUUGGCGAAACAAGCUUUUCGUCAGCGUGCCAAGAUGGCGUAACGGAAUUCCAGCAACGUUAAAUUACAUAUCGCUCGAUACGAAUCGUGGUGGUUCGCCGAGACUGACUCCGUACCCGAACUGGGCACAGAAUAAAGCUGGUGCCUGUGGUAGUGGCCUUACUACUGUCUAUAGAAUACACGCUGAUAGUUGUGACAGAUUAUGGGUGUUGGAUACUGGUACGAUAGGUAUCGGAAACACGACGAUACAAGCAUGCCCUUACACAUUAAAUGUCUUCGAUUUGACAUCGGAUAAAAUUCUCAGACAAUACAGACUGAGGGCUGAAGAUAUCAAUAUGAAUACUUUCAUCGCUAACAUCGCCGUCGAUUUGGGAAGAGGUGGUUGCGAAGACGCGUUCGCCUACUUGUCUGACGAGCUGGGCUACGGCCUGAUCGUUUACUCAUGGCAGCAGAACAAAUCUUGGCGUGUCACGCAUAGCUAUUUCAUGCCUGAUCCAUUGGCUGGGGAUUAUAACAUUGGCGGCUUGAAUUUCCAAUGGGGCGAAGAAGGGAUUUUUGGCAUGAGCUUAUCGCCAAUUUCUGCCAGCGGAUUCAGGACAUUGUUCUUCCACCCCCUCAGCAGUAGAAGAGAAUUCGCGAUCUCGACGAGGAUAUUGCGCGACGAACAAUUGUCCCAAGACAGUUAUCACGAAUUCCAAGUUCUACCCGAAAGAGGACCACUUGGCCAUUGCACUGCUUCUCUUAUGGAUGAGACCGGACUACAAUUUUUCAAUCUAAUCGAUCAGAACGCUGUGGGCUGUUGGAACUCGCAGUUGCCAUAUGCGCCCGAAAAUCAUGCGGUCGUUGCCAGACACGAUGAGGCUUUGAUAUUCCCAGCAGAUGUCAAGGUGAACCGAGGAAUGUUGUGGGUCAUAUCGGACAGAAUGCCGGUGUUUUUGGAAUCAACGCUGAACUACACCGACGUGAACUUUAGAAUAUUAACGGUACCUGUACGAGACGCGAUCGCCGGUACAGUUUGUGAGAGCUCCCCAUGGGGACUGAUCGGCAAUUCCGUCUGGUGGGAAUAACACUCUCUAUUAGCUAUCCAAUCUACUCAAGCAUAGAUUUGUGAUAGUACUAUAAAUAGAUUGAGAAAAGAUUAAUUCUGACAACUGUAUAGAACUGUAUAAAGAAAUAUUAUAACGUAGCCAAUUUUUAACUUCCUCCGAUUACCAUUUUCCAUCAUUAAAUAUAGAAUAUCUGAUAACGCGACGAUUAUUGUACGUUUUUCAAAAUUAUUUGUGAGUGUAGUCGACUCGUGUAAAGAUAUUAAUAAAAAAAAGAUACAAUUAC